CGCAUUCACACAUUGUGAUGGUGAUGUUCAAACGAGAAACAGUGGUAGCUCUACAUACAAAGUUAAUUUGUUCCAGGACCAUUUUCGUAAGUCGAAAUGGUCAUUUGUCAAGCAAGAUUUUCCCAUAAGAAUACAUGGUUAUCUAAUUAAUUUGUUCCACAGCCUGAAAACCUACACUAAAUCCUUAAUAAAUGCUGCUGGUACUAUUGCAAAUAGCAAUUACACAAAGCAAAACAAGUAAAGUAUAAAUAAAAAUCAGAAUAAUAAUAUAAUAAUAGUAAUAAUAAUAAUACCUGUAAUAAUGUAACGAAUGGGGUUUUAAAUGUUGCAGAUGUGGUUUGCGUGGUGUACCUGAAUGCACCAUGUGGUUGACUUGACAGAGUGAGGGAGAGAGGACAAAAGACAUGUUGUGUUGUUCUGAAUUAAAUGAUUAAAAACCUGACGAAGCUGGCGAAUUUUUGGAGAUGUUACCACAAUAAUAAUUGUCACCUUAACUUAUAAAGACUGGCGAACGGAGGUCAGAAGAGGACCGUUGAGAUUCCAGACAUUCUACGGCCAUAUUUUCAAUGGAUGACGACUUCAUAGGUCUCAGCGAGCUGCCCGAAACAUUCCCGUCUGACCCGCCUGAGCCACUGCCCGUGUUCCUGAUGGAACCAGAGGAGGCCUACAUUGUCAAGAACAAGCCCGUUAACCUGUACUGCAAGGCCACGCCUGCCACGCAGAUCUACUUCAAGUGCAACAGCGAGUGGGUGCACCAGAAGGAGCACACGGUGGAGGAGCGUGUGGACGAGAACUCUGGCCUGGUGGUGAGAGAAGCCAGCAUCGAGAUUACUCGGCAGCAAGUGGAGGAACUCUUUGGGCCUGAGGACUUCUGGUGCCAGUGUGUGGCCUGGAGCUCAGCGGGGACUACCAAAAGUCGCAAAGCCCAUGUCCGCAUCGCCUACUUGAGGAAGACUUUUGACCAAGAACCGCUCGGGAAGGAAGUGUUACUUGAACAGGAAGUGUUACUUCAGUGCCGGCCACCAGAAGGCAUCCCAAUGGCUGAGGUGGAGUGGCUGAAGAAUGAGGAGGUGAUAGACCCUGCAGAUGACAGGAACUUCUACAUCACCAUCGAUCAUAAUCUGAUCAUUAAGCAAGCACGCCUCUCGGACACAGCCAACUACACAUGCGUGGCCAAGAACAUUGUGGCUAAGCGGCGCAGCACAACUGCCACUGUCAUCGUCUACGUAAAUGGCGGCUGGUCUACGUGGACGGAGUGGUCGGUGUGCAACAGCCGCUGUGGCAGAGGCUACCAGAAACGCACACGCAGCUGCACCAACCCAACACCCCUCAAUGGCGGCGCCAUCUGCGACGGACAAGGCAUCCAGAAGUUGCCGUGCAAUCCCCUCUGUCCAGUGGAUGGCCUAUGGACAGAGUGGAGUAAGUGGUCCACUUGUGGGACAGAGUGCACCCAUUGGAGAAGGAGGGAAUGCGGCGCACCAGCACCCAAAUAUGGAGGCAAGGACUGUGAGGGCAUGGUGCUACUAUCCAAGAACUGCACAGAUGGCCUGUGCAUGCAGGGUUCCUUAUAUCAGAAGUCCACUGAGGCUAAAGGCACGCUUGAAUUGGGAAGUACAUUUGCCCCCAGCACAGACGACGUGGCCCUCUACGUGGGCAUCGUCAUUGCCGUGAUAAUGUGCCUGGUCAUCUCUGUGGUGGUGGCGCUCUUCAUAUAUCGGAAGAACCACCGUGACUUUGACUCAGGCAUCAUGGACUCAUCCGCCCUCAACGGAGGCUUUCAGCCCGUCAGCAUCAAGACAGCACGUAAAGCCGAUCUCCUCACUGCACCGCCUGACCUGACCUCGGCGGCCGCUAUGUACCGAGGCCCUGUAUACGCCUUGCAUGACACGGCCGACAAAAUCCCCAUGACCAAUUCCCCCCUGCUGGACCCUCUGCCCAACCUCAAGAUCAAGGUGUACAACUCCUCUGGCCUGAUAACGCCACAGGACGACCUGGGAGGCGAAUUCUCUUCAAAGCUCUCCCCCAAAUUGCAGCACUGCCUUUCGGAAAACUGUGACAGCACAAUUGGUCGCCGUACGCAGACAUUGCUGCGCUCCAGGGACCCUUCAUGCACUGCUGUCGGCUCCUUCAACUCGCAAGGUGGUCACCUCAUUGUCCCCAACUCAGGUGUGAGUCUGCUUAUCCCGGCAGGAGCGAUCCCACAGGGCCGUGUCUAUGAAAUGUACGUGACCGUGCAGAGGAAGGAAAGCUUGAGGCCUUCAGUGGAAGACGGACAAGCAGUUUUGAGCCCCGUGGUGACCUGCGGCCCCCCGGGCGCCCUGCUUACACGGCCCCUGGUCCUUACCAUGCACCACUGUGCCGUUUCUGACGGCCAACAGGAUUGGCUGAUCCAGCUCAAGAGCCAGUCACCACAAAAUGUCUGGGAGGACAUGGUAGUGGUGGGUGAGGAGAAUUUCACCACGCCAUGCUACAUCCAGAUGGACGACGAGGCAUGCCACAUCCUGACUGAGACUCUGGGCACAUACUGCCUGGUGGGCCAGUCGCUCAGCGCCGCCACCACCAAGCGCCUCAAGCUGGCCAUCUUUGGCCCACUCACGUGCCCCGCCACUGAGUAUCACAUCCGGGUCUACUGCCUGGACGACACGCAAGAUGCACUCAAGGAAGUCCUCCAAAUGGAGAAGCAGAUGGGAGGCAAGUUGUUGGAUGAACCAAAGAUGCUCCUCUUCAGUGACAGCACCCACAAUCUGAGACUUUCCAUUCAUGACGUUCCCCAAACGCUGUGGAAGAGCAAACUUCUGGCUAAAUAUCAGGAGCUGUGUUUUCAACAAGUGUGGGACGGCUCCCAGAGGAACCUCCACUGCUGCUUCACACUAGAGCGCUUCUCUACCGCCACCGUAGACCUGACAUGCAAGAUUUGCGUGCGCCAAGUGGAGGGGGAGGGUCAAAUCUUUCAGCUUGACACUACGCUUUCAGAGAAUUCCCAGAGCAUCGACACCUCCUUGCUGGACCCGGCCAGUAACAUCACCACGCUGGUGGGGCCCAACGCCUUCCGCAUCCCCGUCUCGGUCCGUCAGAAACUAUGCGGCAGCCUGGAUGCACCGCAGACUCGCGGCAACGACUGGAGAAUGUUGGCCCACAAGCUCAACCUUGACAGGUAUUUGAACUACUUCGCCACCAAGUCCAGCCCAACGGGGGUCAUCUUAGACCUGUGGGAGGCGCAGCACUUCCCUGACGGCAACCUGAGUCACCUGGCCCAAGUCCUGGAGGAAAUGGGACGCCACGACGGUCUCCUGCCCGCUACCAAAGACCACUGAUAACCAUAUCGAAAGAGCGGCAGGGGUCGACAACAACACCGUCACUGUGGAAACAGGCCUCAGCUCAUUCGCCAGAAUUAAUCCCCUAGCGGAAGAAUCUCUGCGUUUGAUCUCCAUGGCAACCCUGCAAAUGGACUCAUCCUGUGAUAACAUAGUAUUUAAUACGCAGAAUAAUAAUCCCUUUUAUGCUUUACUCCUUUGUUUGUUUUGUAUGAUUAUUGCUCAUUGGUUGCAGACUUUCAUAUAAGCAUUUGGCUUAAAUGAAGGUUUAUGGUGUAGAUUUUUCUUAAGAUUAUUCGUACGUUGUGAUAAAGGAGACUUGAAGGGAAAGGUGGAUGUAUUCGUACAUAAAAUAUAUCUAUUUUUCUAGGACCAAAUGUAAAGAGUACAGUUGCUUUUUGCCAAAUAUUUGAAAUGGAACAUGAGGUUCAGUUGAGAAGGUGGGAUGAAAACUAAAAGGAACGAUAAUGAUAUCAUUAUUAGUAAUAUUUGCAAGUGAUUUUUAAAAAGUAUUUUUGGGUCCGAAGCUGUCUAUGCAAAAGUGGCAUUUUUUUUUUUUUUUUUAUGUACUAUAUGCCCUUAUUGGAAUGGCCUGUUUUGGUUACUUUGACACACGGCUUCAUGAUGCCAACUUGUACAAACGAAACCCCUCACCGGGUGCUCCAAUUUCAUCCGGCAACGCAAUUGUAUAAAGUGUAAGAAAAUAUGAUUUAUAAAACUAAUAAUAAAUUAUAUUUAUAUGCAACACUGACAAAAAGUUUGUUUUUUGCUAAUUCACAACUUGACAUGA